UGUUCUUACAAAACACUAAAGAAGCUCGAUCAACCGCCUCAUCAUGCAAUCUACUUGGUGUACAGCAUUUUUAUUCUUAUUUCUAGCAAUUGACGUUGCUUUAUCUCAAAGUGACUAUUCUGUAAAACUGAUCGGCGGUACAGGCAUUGGCAAUGGCACUUUAAAAGUCUGGAGGUACAGUAAAUGGUAUUAUGUGUGCCAUCGCUAUUGGAAUAUAGAUGAAGCUAGGGUUGUGUGCAGACAGCUUGGAUUUCCAGACAACGCACCUGUAACACUGAGCAACGACGAAACUGUACACAGCAAUCGCUACUUUGACAACUACUAUAUUAGUUGCCAGAGUACAGAAACGCAUCUUUCGCAGUGUUCAAGAAGUUACGGUCAUCACAGUUAUUAUAAUUGUCAUUACGCUGUAGUCACUUGCUCGAACAUCACAACGUCAACCUUUCGGCUCGCUGGUGGGAGUUCAGCUAACAAAGGACGUGUCGAGUUGUGGAGUGGAUACAGCUGGGUGCCAAUAACAACGUCUACCUGGACAAGUGCAGAGGCGAAAGUCAUCUGUAGACAGUUGGGAUUAGUUGAUGGCGUUAUUUCAUACGGAUCUUCCUCGGGCUACACAAGGGCCCGCUAUGGCCAAUCUCAGAGUACAGCAUGUUAUAAGGUUGCACAGUGUUCAGGCUGGGAACCGAUGUAUAGUGAUUGUGGGGAACACUUUCUUUCAUCUUAUUGUCCUCAUGACCACGACGUCAGCGUUGAGUGUCACCCUAAUAGACAAAACAUCGAAUGUCACUGCUUGACGUCAUCAAAAUGUAGCUUCACUACUGGAAGCUGCCCCGACGAUCAGUGCUCGGUGGGAUGGGCAGGAGAUUACUGCCAGAUAGAGUUACCGAGGUUGACAGCACCACCACAGAUUAUUUUUGAAGAACCAAACAACUCAAGUUCAACAAGCCCAAUUGUUAGAUGGGAUGAAUGGUCGUUUGAUGAUGAUAUGGGUAUUGGAGGACCUGUUAUAGGUUAUUCUAUUCAUUACGUCGACAUGUCUCAACUUGGAUACAAAGAAGUGUUAGUUGAUGACGUAGAAACUACAUCAUAUCGUUUAGAUAAUCUUCCUCCAGGAAGAAAUUACGACGUAGGUAUAUCAUGUUUGAUAAAAACAGGAGCUGUGACAUCACGAGGCCCUCUAUCACCAACGGUGAAUUUUACAACACCAAGAGAAAAUACUAGGUUGGAUUUUGUGCUACUUAACUAUAACCCAAUGAUACAACUUGAUAACGCCGAAUCUAGUCUGAAAAUAGGAGGUUAUGCCAUCGGCGAGGACAGAACUAACAAUAUCAAUUUCGGACGUCGAGUUGAUAGUGGAACUGGUGUAGACGGACAUGAGCUUGGCUGGCUGGACAACGGGGUCUUGCAAACGAAUGACAGCAUGUUUCCUGUACAAAGUGUAGUGUUACAGACACCACUGUAUGACUUCACAGGACUGUUGCUACAACUUCCUGCCAGUAUCAGCGCUGAGAAUAUUGGUGCGUUUUAUUCUUGGGCAACUAUCGGAUUACUAAGUACCAACGUUACGACUUUCACCAUUUCAAAAGAAGUGUGUCCUUAUGGGACGUUUGGUGCCGACUGUAAAAGCACGUGUCAUUGCAAGUUUGGUGCGUGUGACAGGUCAAAGGGAUGUUGGAACAUCACUUGUGAUAACGGCUUUCAUGGACCACAGUGCCAAGAAUACAAGGAUUCGACCCCAUGUCCUGAUGGGUUUUAUGGUACAUUAUGUCAGUAUAAAUGUCACUGUUCAUUGAAGGAUAAAUGUUACAAGAACGGAACAUGUCCCCUUGGCUGUCAAGAAGGCUGGGGAGGCGAUGACUGCCAAUUUGCAAUUCCUGCUCUUCGUAACCCUCCUCGCAUUUCAAAGUCUAAUUUCCACAGUCUCCAUAUUGAGUGGGACAAUUGGAGAGUUCACCACGACUAUGGCCUAGGUACGGUCACAGGAUAUCGUCUAUUCUAUCGAUAUACAACACCCUCCCCUGGAGCACAACGAACAGGAGAAUAUACUCUGAAAACAAAACUAAUUCUUAGUCAGAUAAAUCCUUGCAGAAGGUAUGAAAUAUACAUUCGAGCGUAUAGGAACAUAUCUGGAGAACUUGUUGGAGGAAGACCAAGUCCAACUGUAUAUCAUGACAUGGCCUGCAACUAUGGGAGCGUUGAAGUAACAUUAAUGACACAACCUGCAGCUGUUGACAUGGAAAAUAAAUCGGAGGAUAUGAAGAUUGCAGUUUAUUCGGGCGCCCUCUCUACGAGUAUACAGCUGGGACGGACUUGCGAUACUGGUGCAGGGAAUACUGGACGUCCUGUGUCCUGGUUUGAUGGAAGUCCUUUUCCAGGGUCACAUGUCCUACCAACCAUGGUGUUUCCAAGGAAUACUUUGAUAGAAACGAUUGUUACGUACAAAUACCACGCCCUUGUCGCCAAGAUUCCCGGAGAAUCGUUUAAGGCCAAAGGUGGUGCAUUCUCAGCUGAAAUUCUGGGAACAUGGGCAUUACCGAGCAAGUCGUCGGUAAUCGUAUUAGACAAAGAUGCUAACCCAAGGCCUACUUGCAGAUCAAUUGUAGUAGGAACUGGUGACAGAGUUGUCCUGUCUGUCGUCGUCCUCGAGGGCAACACAACCGGACUGAGAUGGCGGCACAACGGUCGUGAAGGAAUAAAACAAUGGAAGGAUAAGGGGACCGUGAUCAUAGAGCAUGUGCGAACUGAAGAUAGUGGCAUUUAUGAGUGUUUUUUUUUGGCGAAACGAAAUCGAGGGAAACAUGCAAUUAUUCAAUUAAACGUUAAAGAUUGCCCGUUAAGUAAGUAUGGACCUGCUUGUGAUUUAGACUGUCCAGUUUGUUACAAUGGUGGGAUUUGUGAUUCUGUAACUUCUUCAUGCAUUUGUCCAAGUGGUUUUACUGGAUCUGACUGUUCAGUAGUAUGUAAAAAUGGUUCUUGGGGACAAGAUUGUUCACUGAACUGCAAUAACGAAAACAACGGUUGCCUAGGAAACUUAUUCUGCCCGGCAACACCUCUUGGAUGCUCUUGCUUACCAGGAUUUCAAGGAGCUGACUGCAAAGAAGUGUGUGCAGAUGGCUUCUAUGGUGCAGAUUGUAAACAAGUCUGUAACUGUCCGUCAUCUAGUUGUGACCCAGUCUUGGGAUGUGCCCUUGGGACUUGCUGCCCAGGCUAUGGUGGACCCCAAUGCCAAGAACAUAUUGGGAAUGUAUCGUGUAAUAAUGGUACGUUCGGACCACUUUGUAACCAUCACUGCCAUUGUAAACAUGCUAAUUCAUGCCAUGAUAACGGUACCUGCAAAGAUGGAGUCUGUGGUGACGGUUGGGCUGGACACGAUUGUCAUAUAGCUCUGCCUUAUCUUGCAUACGGCCCAACAUUAUCGGUUUCUAAAAAUCGCCGAGAGAUCUUUGUAAGUUGGUUUGAUUGGACAUUCGGUCGAGACUUCGGAACUGGUCCAGUUGUACUGUACGAAAUAUUCUACAAGGACGCAAUCAAUGGUAACUACACAAUGGCUGGUACUACAGAAACUACUGAUUUUUUGUUGAAUAAACUAAGACCAGGAAAGCAGUACAUUGUGUACAUCAACUGCUUGAAGGAUGUUGAUGGACUCUUAGUGUCUGGACCAGCAAGUCCAUCUAGUGCUGUUUCAACUUGCAGAUUGACAGAUUUGUACUAACGCCGCUCUCUUGAUGUUCGGUGCCAUGCGUAUUCCAUCUCAGCACUGCUGGUCUUAGAAUAGGGUUUAGUACUAUAUAUACACAUAUAGCUGUUCACAGUAAACAUUAGGUAUAAUAUUAAUACUGUAAAAUCAUCAUACAUUACGAUACGAUAUAAAAUAUUUUAAGUGCUAUGUGAGAAUGAUGCUUGCGUUUAUAUUAAAUAGUAUAGACACCAAGCAAUAUAGUUAUAGUGUACUAAGUGGUGUUUGUCAUCAUUACAUCGGUAUCACUUUUAUUAUGUUCGAUACUACAACACCAUUGUCUUCAUCAUAAUAUUAUCAUUAAUAGUAUUGUUAUCACCAGUAGCAUUGUUAUCAGUAGCAUUUUUAUCAAUAUUAUUGUUAUCAUUAUCAAUGUUGUAAUUCUUAUUAAUCGCUUUCAUUUAAAGCAUCUACAUUAACAUUUACUAACCUUAUCAUAUAAUUAUCAUCGUCAUUAUUAUGCCGGAAUCUAGACAUAAUGAUCAUCAUCACAUUAUUAUUAAAAGCUAUAAACAUCAUACAGCACUAAGUCUCCCAAUUGCUAUAAUUACACUUGUUCAGAGAACUAGCAACAAUAUUUUUUGUAUUUUUAAGACGCAACUUGAAAAACGUCUUUAAAAUUACUCUGAAUAUAUCCUGAAUUUUUAUAAAUAUUAGGACUAUAUAAAAUAUGCUAGAUUGGUAUCACCUAGCAUUUGUUAAUAUGUUCCAUCACAAUAAUCAUGCUCCAGGCCCAUUGGGGGUGCAGAGGAGGCACCCCCAAAUUCCAAAAGUUCAACUUUUUAAAUCCUAUUAUUUCACAAAAUCGUUUCUAAUUAUCACAAAAUGCUAUAGCAUGCAUUGCAUUACUUUAUAUAUUUGCCAGCUCAUCUAACCGUUGAUUUUUAAUAUGGUAUGAAAUUCGUCUCCGGUGAUUGUAGAUUGAUCUAUAAUAUGAACAAUUUUAUCUGUAGGCCUGCAGAUGUACAGGACAUAAUAACGUUACUUCUUCAGGUCUCCAAAACACCCAAAUUAAUGAAAAUUUAAAUAAAAUAUUCACAAAUUAUGUGUUUGAGAAAUCUAUUAUAUAAGACCCUCGAAAUGCUACUUAAUUGUCGGAGCCUCCUGGGACUUUUCUCACAAACCCCCUCCAUGCCUUUGCCCCUGGACCACCGAAUUUCAAAAAGUCCACUUUUAAAACCUAUUAUUUUAUGCUAUGUAAUCUGUGUGUGUAUAUUCACUCAAAAACAAAUGAUUAGAACAUCAUAAAACCUGAAAAGUUCCGAUUUGGUAAAAUUUUAAGAAUUCAGACUCAUGUAUUGUUCAUCUGUUGUAGACGUAAUCGUAACGGUUUUGUAUUUAUUCAGCGCCUUACACAAUAACGAUCACAAUGCACUUUUACAACCACUAAACAUAAAAACCGAAAUUAUAAGUAUCGUUUCAACAGAAAAAAAACCCACUUGAGAUGGCGUCGCUAUAACUACCGUGUACGCGCAGUGACCUCGGCGUCAGUGUGUUAGGCUAAAGCUACAUUCACACUAAUCCCCAGAUAAUAAUAAUAAUAAUAAUAAUAAUAAUAAUAAUAAUAAUAAUAAUAAUAAUAAUAUGUCGUUCUUAUAUUAUUAGCGCUUCAUGCCUUUACAAGGCCUCUAAGCGCUUCACAUUCUGGUCCCUGACUCGUGUAUAUAACUGUUCAUCUGUUGUAGACGUAAUCGUAACGGUUUUGUAUUUAUUCAUCACCUUACAAAAUUAAUAACGAUCACAAUGCACUUUCAAAACCACCAACAUAAAAACCAACAGAAAAAAACCACUUGAAAUGGCGUCGCUAUCACUACCGUGUACGCGCAGUGACCUCGGCGUCAGUGUGUUAUGCUAAGGCUACAUUCACACUCAUCCCCGGAUUCUGGUCCCGAAUUCGUGCUUGAUGUGAACGUAGCUUUAUGUAGCUUCCAUCUCUACAGGGGAACAAACAUGUAUCUAUCAACCAUACCCUGCUAAAACGACACCACUUCAAGUAAGUACCAUUAGGCCUAUAUUAGAAGUUAACAAGUAAUGAUGAUGUAUUGGCUUUAUUGCAAUUACUUUAUUCUCAUUCUCUCUUAAACAUUAUUGGCUGUCC